AUGAAGUUAUGCGCUCAAAUACUCAAAUUUAAGCCCGAUUUGGUAAUUACAGAAAAUAGACUUAGUGAUUUACCGUGUCAUUAUUUAAGCAAAUCGGGAGUUAGUGCAGUUAGGAUAUUAAGGAAAACUGAUAAUAACAGGACUACAAAUGCAUGUAAGGCUGUUAUUGUAAAUAGGUCAGAUAAACUUCAAGAAUCUCAUGUGGGAACUGGAGCUGGACUUUUUGAAGUGAAAAAGAUUGGUGAUGACUUUUUUGUUUAUAUUGUUGAUUGUCAAGAUCUCAAAGCGUGCACCGUUCUUCUCAGAGGUGCUAGUAAGGAUCUUUUAAAUCAACUUUAG